AUGGAGAUGAAUGCCUCCUGCAGACAGCCCGAUGAGUACGACGAGGGUAUUGAACGGAUGCGCAAGAUCGAGUACCCCAUGCUGCAGGAUGCCACAUAUCUUGACCAUGCGGGAACUACCCUACCACCAAGGUCUCUCAUGGAAAAUUUUGCGCAGGACAUGAUCUCGAACCUCUAUGGAAAUCCACAUUCAGUUUCGGGUCCAUCGCAGCGCUCAGCCGACCGCAUCGAGAAUGCGCGGUCACAGCUCCUUACAUUUUUCAAAGCUGACCCGAGUGAUUUCGACCUGGUCUUUGUCUCCAACACUACAGCUGGCGUCAAGCUUGUGGUGGAAGGCAUGAGAUCACUGCCCGGUGGAUUCAACUUUGCACAUCACCAGGCGUGUCAUACCAGCCUCGUUGGUGUUCGUGAAGAAGCUCGACAUGCUCGCUGCUUCGAUGACGAAGACGUCGCACAACUUCUUCAGGGGAACGCACCGUUAUUUGUCGAUUGCGCUGACACCCCGGACACACUCGUGGCGUUCACUGCACAGUCUCAUUUUGAUGGGAAACGAUACCCCCUGACAUGGGCCAGAGACCUCAGAGACUGCCCUCGUGCCAACUUUGGACCGAUUGUGUCUUUUAACUUGAGGAAUAUUGCUGGGGCAUGGUUGAGUCUGGCCGAGUUUGACAAAAUUGCGACUUUGAAGCAGAUGCACGUCCGAACAGGAGGCAUGUGUAGCCCUGGUGGCCUUGCAUCCGCCCUGAGUCUCCAGCCGUGGGAGAUGAAGCACAACUUUUCGGCGGGACUUCGUUGCGGCACGGACAGCGACCUCACGGGCGGCAAACCAAGUGGCGUUAUUCGAGUUAGUUUUGGGGCCAUGAGUACUGCAUCGGAUGUCAAUCGCUUCCUGGCCUUUCUGAAGGAGUUCUUCAUCGAGAAUGAGCCCCCGAAUCCGACGACCCGGACGAGCUUGCGCGCUCCAUCGCGUGGUCUCCAGGUAAAGAGUCUCUCCGUUUUCCCCAUAAAGAGCUGUGCGCCUUUCGAAAUCCCGCCCGGGGUGCGCUGGGAGGUGAAGCGAGAGGGUUUGGCGUGGGAUAGAGAGUGGUGUCUAGUGCAUCGUGGCUCCGGCCAGGCUCUCAGCCAGAAGCGCUACCCGCAGAUGGCUCUGUUGAAGCCCGAGUUGGAUUUUGAACAAGGUGCUCUGCGGGUUUCCUGGAGAGGGUAUCCUCCACUAGGCUCGGUCGAAGUACCCUUGUCACUCAAUCCGGAUCUAUUCGAGAACAGCCCGCGGCAAAUAUUGUCUCGCGUCUGUGGCGAGUCUAUAUCGACUCAUUAUCACAAGUCUCAGAGGAUCAACGGCUUCUUCUCCGAAGCGUUGGGUGUACCGUGUACCUUGGCUCGCUUCCCUGCUGGCGGUAAAGGCCCAGGGAGUCGGUCUUCGAAGGCCAGGAUCCAACAGUACCAGCAGGCGAAUUCCCAUCAGAGGCUAGCUGGUUCAUUCCCCGAGAUACCAUCUCCUCCUGAUUCAGAUAGCGAGGUGCAGCAACAUGGAAAGAUACUUCUGUCGAACGAGAGCCCUAUUCUGAUGAUCCAGAGUGCGAGUGUUGCCGCACUCAAUAUGGAGAUCAAGGCAAGGGGCAAUGCCGGAGUUGACGAGGCGUCGUUCCGUGCCAAUAUCGUCUUUGGGACAAGCAGCCAAGAUGACGAGGAGCAACCGUUCGCUGAAGACACGUGGCGGUCUGUUCGGAUAGGUCUUCAGGAUUUCAAGUUGCUUGGUGCCUGUCGACGUUGCCAGAUGGCGUGUUCUGCUCCCGGCCCCCACUACUACCCGGGCAAGAUGACGCUUUUUGUUCACCACGGUUCGGACUUGUUCACCUACGACCGGCAAGCCACCUCUGCGCAAGUUCUACUGACAGGUGAUGAUGCGCACACAAGAGUCGAGUACGAUGAGGCGACUUUCGUGUUCCUGAGCCGCACGAGGAAGGCAUGGAAGACUUGCAUGGUCGAGUCCGUAGAGUGUGCCCCGGAUAUGCUCAGUCUCUCAGAUAUUGAUCUGGCUGAUCUCAAUCUGCAUCCCGCAACGCUGCAGUACUCUACCCGCGUGGGAACCGAGUCUAGAUUCUGGUCCAGAGACCGAACCAUGCUCACCACCAUCUUGAUCAGGCAAACCUGGGAGCCAAGGCGGGACCGUCUUGACGAUCUGGACGAGUACGACCACAGGCUGGAAUCAUGCCGCGAUCAAUGGGCCCAUCCGCUCGUCAUGCCAGUGAUUCUCCUUCAGGUACAGUUCAUGCGCUGCGAGGAAGCGGUGCAGGAGAACUCGCUUGAUGUCGUUGCUCUGGAACAAGAGGUCAGCAGCACAUUGAGCACAGAUGGCUUCGAAGCCAGCGAUCCAAAGAUCAGACGUCGGCUAGGUAAUGGCGGCGACGAAGUGAAGGCAUGGGGUGCCAUGAACAUGACAAACCUCAUGAAGCGGGCGCACGAAGUACUGCGAGACACGAUCAAGCUUCUGGAUACCAUACGUUGCAUGGAGCGAGCGGUGAAGUUGCUGAUCAUCUCUGGGGACGAGCUGGCCGAACGAAUGGAGGGUUCCACGGCUCCGCCACCCACGCGUGACCUGAAUAUGGGGGGAGACCAGUUCGGCUCCUAUGAAAGGGAUCCGUCUCCUUUGCCUUUUCUUCGCAUGGCACAAGAGGACAAUGCCCUCAACGCCCGAAUGGCUGUGGCGUCUAGUCGCGACAGUGCUUCCAUGAAAGCUCUUGCCGUCAUCACAGCCAUAUUCCUCCCCGGAGAGUUCAUUGGCACAUUGUUCGGCAUGUCCAUGUUUGACUGGCUCGCACCAAGCAAAGACGAAGAAGACGGGAGUAGUGGGGGCGGGAAGAAGGCGAUAGGUGGCGGCGACGAGUCCGAAAACAUCCUUAGUCGCAACUUUUGGGUGUAUUGGAUCAUCUCCAUCCCCCUGACGCUGUUCAUCAUCCUCGUGUGGCGUCUCUGGUGGGUCACCCAGGAUCGUUAUUUCAGGCGGCAUCUUUCGCAAGAGCUGAGUGAGGAGCGUUUCUGGACCGCUGACGGCAAUCCCAGAGAACUAGAGCACAGCUUCAUACAUGACAUUUUCUGGCUGUCAUCGCGUCGCGAGGAGAGUAGAUCCACGAGAGUGCGGCCUCAGAAUGAGAGUCCCCCGUCUAUGUCGGUGAACGGCAAUCACGAUAAAUGGGGUGAUGCACUGCAGCGAACGCAAACCAGGGCGUCGACCGUUAGACAGAGGCAGCUUCUGCAGGCACGGCAGCAAAUUAUGCAAGACAGGUCCUUUGUGGUGUAA